AUGUCCACAUACGAAGGCAUAUGGAGGCUACGGCAAUUCUUGCCGUGCUGGGUGGUGCAAGGCAUAUGUGUUGGAAUCUUGGGUAUUAUAUCGUGCCUCUUGAUAGGUGCUAGUGCGGUUGUUUUGACCGUAGGCUAUGGCGCGGAGGGAUUUGCAUGGCUUGGGUACUCAGUGGAUGAUCUUGCUGAUAUUGCUGUAGUACUCGGCAGCGUCAUGCUGAUACUAUGCAUUGUGACCCUCGCACUCGAUAUUGCGGAGGCAGCAUUCUACAGAAUGCACAAGCUCAGCCCAGUAUUUAUACUCGUUUCGGCAUGCAUCAAGACCGCGAUGUGGUUGGGCUAUUUAUCCUUUGUCAUUGCGAUGGCAGUAGGGAGCUCGCCGAGUCCGCUCGACCUGAUAAUAAGUAUCAUACUCGCGGUGACGAGUAUAUGCCAGCUUGUUCUUGGCGCCAUUCACGUCCACAAACAACGGAAAGGUCUGCUCGAUAGAGGCGACUAUGCAGACUUGGGGAUUAAAGCAGGAGAAUAUGAAACUAUGGCCACAUUGCCGAGGAGCAAGACAUGGCGAAAAUCUAUCCCAGCAAUCACCAUCACAUCACGAGAGUGGGCGAAAAGAAACAGUGAAGAAACGGACUACGAAAGCUACCGAAAUUCGUUGAUCGAGGCCGAGGUCAGGCGGCGGAGCGUACAGGAGCUUGACGGAGCCGACGAGCCCGCAGCAGAGACCCAAACGCUUGCUUCUUCGAAUUACGACGCCUCGACGUGGGCGGCGGCGAGUCCUCCACAAAGCCCGCCACUGGCGACAGUGUUGUCAGCUCCGCCGCUUAGAAAGACAUACUCGCCAGCAUAUAGCUCAUAUCACUUCGAUCAAGCGGAUCUGGCGUUGACAGGGUUCUAUGGCGCGGGCAACGAAGGCGAGACAAGGAGAUUCUAGUUUAGAAAACUUAAAAGAAGAAUAAAAGAUAUCAAAAGAAUCUAAUUUAACUAAAGACGUAUAGGUUUAAGCCGUAGUCCGAGGCUGUACGCUUCUGGAAUCUAGUAUUGGCGUUACCAAGGCUCUAUAUUGACCAUGAAUUACAUCCGCAUAGAGUGAUGCCGUGCGAUUGGGCUGCGACACUACGGGGAUGAGCUAGGUGAGGUCGGUUGUGGGUUCCGAGUUAUACGCCGGAUAUGUCACAUGCAUAAAAG